CCCAGGUCCAGCCGCACACCCCCUCCCCCUCUGCAAAGCUUCGCCCCUGCCCUUUCCCUCUCUCGCUUUUGCUGAUUCGCUCGCUGCCUGCCUCUCUUGCUCCGUCACUCCCUCCGUCGCCCUCGCCCUCGCCCUCGCCCUCGCCUCUCGCUGCUCCGUCGCUCGGUGCCUCUCUCUCCUCUCGCUGCUCCGUCGCCCUUCGCCCUCGCCCUCGCUCUCGCUCUCUCGCCUCUCGCUGCUGUGCUCGGUCGCUCGCCCUCGCCAGCUUGCCUCGCCCUCGUGGCCGGUGGCUCGCUCUCCGUCGCUCACUGCCUCUCUCUCGCUCCGUCGCUUCGUCGCAGUUUCGCACCCUCGCCGGCUCGCCCUCGUGGCCGGUGCCCGGUGGCUCGCUCUCGCCGGCCGAUUCGGGGGCCCAUUUUUACAUUUCGCCUCAGGGCCCCAUAAUCUCAGAUAACAGAGGAUUUAAGAGGAGAUGAGUGGCAAUGAUGCUGAAUAGGCUGUGCAACCGAUGCUUAUGCUCCAUUUCUCAUUCUUUUUCUUCUCAACCAUGGCUUUUUGUGGGCUUGGGCAAUCCAGGCGAUAAAUAUAAAGGAACAAGGCACAACCAGGUAGGAUUUGAAAUGAUUAAUGCAUUUGCUGAGUCGCAAGGGAUUCCAGUGGAUACAGUUUAUUUCAAAGCCCUUUUUGGGAAAGGGUUUGUUGAUGAUGUUCCUGUUUUCUUAGCAAAGCCCCAAACUUAUAUGAAUUUGAGCGGUGAAUCUGCGGGUCCACUUGCUGCUUAUUAUAAGCUACCUCUCAAUCGUGUGCUUGUGUUUCAUGAUGAUAUGGAUUUACCCUGUGGGGUGCUGCGGCUUCAAGACAAAGGUGGUCAUGGACGCCACAAUGGGCUAAAGAGCGUGAUCUAUCAUUUUCGUGGAAACAGAGAGUUUCCUCGGCUAAGAAUUGGCAUUGGGAAGCCUCCUGGUCAAAUGGAUCCCAAAGCAUUCUUACUCCAGAAGUUCAAUGCAACGGCUAGAGAGCGGAUUGAUGCUGCAUUACAAGAGGGGGUUGAGGCGUUGAAACAAGUGUUGCUCAAAGGGUUGUCACAGAGCGCAAGAUGCUUCAACAAAGAGCAGAAGUACAAGCAUAUAAGGCUCCAAACAAUGCCCCCCACAUGAUAACGGAUUGGUUCAUUCGGGGACCGAGUAGUAAUAGAAGCGUAUGCAUGCGCAUAGUGACUAUUUGUAUGUAUGUAUGUAAGUAUUCAUCUCUAAGAACUCUAUGCUGAUUUUCUGAACUGCAUCCUCGUAAUAUUGGUUAUGAUUAUGAUGGUAUGCUAUGAUGCAUGGAAACGUUUUGGGGGAGCCAUUGACGCUUCGGAAAUGGUUUUAAAAAUGCCAAAAAAAUAUUUUCGGACUAUUUUUGUAAUUUUUGAAACAUUUCGGGAUUGUUUCGGCACAGAUGGAAUUAUUCUUUAUAUAUGUUGUGUGUUGUGUAUAAAAUGACAACUUGUAUUUCAAACACCCUA